UUAUCCAGGAGAUUCACAAACCACAAGCCCUCACCUUGGUCCAACGCAGCCCUUCUUUUUUAAUAUCUGUCUCUGGUCUUUUGAGAUCUGUUGUUAGCUUUGCAGCGCUUCUUACUUCUCUAAAGAAAAGCAUCAGUAUAUCAAACCCCCCCAUUCGCAAGCAUGCAGGUCCAGCGUUCUCAGCGUUUCUCCAGCUCCUCGGUGGGCGGUGGUGGCGGAGGACGGUCCAUGGCCAGUGGUGGUUCAUUGCGCAUUGGCAGGGCCACUGCGCAGUCUAGUUUCAGCAGCAUGGGAGGCGGCAUGGGCUAUGGCAUGGGUGGUGGUGGUGGCAUGGGCUUUGGCAGCGGUGGUGGUGGUGGCAUGGGCUUUGGCAGCAGUGGUGGUGGUGGCAUGAGCUUUGGCUUCGCUAGCGGUGCCGGCGCUGGUGCAUUUGGAGCUGGUGGUGGCGAGGGCAGCUCCUUCAUAAUGGGCAACGAGAAGCAGCACAUGCAUGACCUAAAUGACCGUCUGGCCACCUACCUGGAGAAGGUGCGUACCCUGGAGGCGACCAACAAGGACCUGGAGGAGAAGCUGAGGAACUUCACAACUUCCAAGGUGGAGAGCCACGACUAUUCUGCCUACGAGGCGCAGCUGAAGCCAAUCAGAGACCAGAUCAUUAAUAUCAUCCUGGAGAAUGCUCGUCUGGCCCUGGAGAUGGACAAUGCAAAGCUGGCUGCUGAUGACUUCAGAAUGAAGUUUGAAACGGAGUAUGCAAUCCGCCAGUCAGUGGAGGCCGAUAUCAAUGGGCUGGGGGGCUUGAAGAAGGAGUACGAGUUCAACCACAAGACUCUGCUGCAGGACAUCGAGGGGCUGAAGGAUGAGCUGGAUUUCCUAAAGAAGAACCACGAGGAAGAGCUGGCCUCGCUCCGCACGCAGAUGAGUGGCACGGUGAGUGUGGACCUGCAAGCUGCUCCUGCCGUGGACCUGCAGAGAGUCCUGGAGGACAUCCGUGCUGAGUACGAGGGCGUGGCGCGACGUAACCAAGAGGAGGCGGAGAGGUGGUUUGUGAAGCAGGCUGAAACGAAGCAGGCGGAAGCAGCUCAGAGCACCGAAGCUCUCCAGUCCACGAAGACGGAGUUCAGUGAACUGAGACGCCAAUACCAGAACCUGCAGGCCGAGCUGGACGCCCUUAUCGCUUCAAAAUCCUCCCUGGAGCAGGUGCUGAUGGAUACAGAGGGGCGCUACCAGGUGCAGCUGCAGCAAAUCUCCGCCAUGGUGGGCCGGCUGGAGCAGGAGCUGAUGAACGUCCGCGAAAGCAUGACAUCCCAGUCUCAGGAGUACCAGAACCUGCUCAACAUCAAGAUGAAGCUGGAGAUGGAGAUCGCCACGUACAAGAAGCUGCUGGAGGGGGCGGAGCCGGGGGCCAUCAUUCUCGGAGGGGGAGGAGCUGGUGUCAGCAGUUCCCAGACAGUCGUGGUAACAAAGGAAACAAAAACAGUGACCACCUAAACACUUCGCGAGACAGACGGCCAGGCGGACGGACACAUGUGCUUCUCCUGUGGACACUAUAAAAUGCUUAACCUCUUCACUCUAUUUUCUGUUUCUGUUUCUGCACCUUUGUUAAAGCUCCCCACGUUAUCCCUUGCACAGUGAAAGUGUAGUAAAGCACUGGCCAUGCACGGCAUCAUAGUCUUGGGUAGGCUUGGCUUGUAUUAUAGACUGGGAACUUCUUGGCUUCUGUCUGGGUGUUUUCUUUGUAAGGUGGACAAUAAAAGAUGUGCAACAACA